AUGGACACGGACAAGUGGUGUCCAGAUAUGCUAAUCCCCACAAUAGCUAUUCUUGCUAUAAUCUUUGUAAUGGGCGGAGUUGGCAACAUUUGCAUUUGUCUGGUUAUUAUUAGAACCAAAUCUUUGCACACACGCGCCAACUACUUCUUGUUUGGUCUUGCUUGCUCGGAUAUGCUCCUUCUUUUUUUGGCCUGCCCACUGCAAAUAUAUCUCUUUAUCAACUGCUACACCAGUAAUAACAACUUUGUGUGCAAGUUGUAUAACUACGUAAAGGAUGCAUAUGGUGUUACUUCAGUGUUCAUCAUAUGUGCUUUCACAGCGGAGCGGAGGCUGGCUGUAUGUCAUCUUUUACGAAUGAAUGAACUGAGGAAUUUAUUUUGUGCGUUCGCAUCUGUUAGCACUGUCGCUCUGUUAAUCGUCACUGGUUUGAGAAUGGGUGCUGUAUUGGGUGGAGAAAUGAAUUCUACUUUUUAUGAUUACGCUCGCUUCUCUGCAAACACGAGCACGUCUUCUCUCUCUGACAAUUACCAAUCAAUUCUUGAGAAAACGACUAAAUGCGCUCACCGAUUAUUGAUGCGAGGAUCUUAG